AUGAAAUCUAUAGACAUAAUUGAAAUAGAUAGUACUCUCUAGAUAUAUCAUAUCUGUUAAAUUUUGUUUACGUUUUAUUCUAACCUCCAAGAUGUAUAAAAACAAUAAGUAGUGUUAUAUAUUUGUAAAUACCAGAACCAUGAAGUUAAUGACACAACUUGCGUUUACCACUUUUUAUAAUAUUGUAUUUCUAAUUAAUUAAUAGUUAUGAAAUAGUAGCUAGAAGUAAUGUGUGAAUAGGCAUCAACAGACUUGUAAAUACAGUAAUGGCAUUUUCAUUUCGUAUUGGCACCAAAUGGUGUCAUGAUUUUCCAAAAUUGGCAAAAGAAUCUGGAUUUUAUUUCAAUAUGCAUAGAUCCAGAACACGUGUAGAUUGGAAUCGUAUAAGUAACAUAGAUAUAGAUCGAAUUAUAAGAGAAAGAGAUUUCCAUUCCAUUGAUGAUAAUAUAAAUAAUGUAAUAGAUUAUUGUUUAGAAAGUGAAUACGAUGUUAAAAUCUUAGAUCCCAACUUUGUAAAACUCUUUUGUCUUGCACAGUUAGCAGUUGAAUAUUUAUUAUAUUGUAAACAAUAUUUAGAUCAUAGUGUAAUUAUACUAAAAGAUGAACUAAGAUCAAAAAUUGAAGAAAAUGUUAAAUUGAAAAAAGAAAUAACUGCUUUAGAAGAAGUAGUGAAACAUAUGAAAGAGAAAGUAAAGGAAAAAAGUAAAUUAAUAGAAACUAAAAUUGGAGAUACUAAUGGCGAAAUUUACAAAUGUCCACAUUGUCCAAAAUCUUUUAUAUCUCCUAUGUUUGUAAGUGCACAUAUUAUUCGUCGUCAUGCUUAUGCAUCAGAGUUAUACAUGCCUACUUCUCCCAUACAUGAGCACUAUCGCAGUGAAACUGAGAAGUUGCAUAAUGAAAUAAAGAAUUUAAAAGAAAGAUUAAAUGAAACAGAAAAGGUGAUAAGGAAUGAGUCUGAAAGGAUUUCAGAGGAAAAAAUAUUAAGUUAUAAUAGAAGGCAAGCUGAGAGUGAAAAUGAAAAUUUUAGAUACAAUAGUAACAAAUCUAAAGAACAUUCAGAGUAUAAAGAAUAUCAAGAAGAAAUAAAAAAUUUGAAGACCAUGCUUUUUGAUGAAAUACAUAAUUUAAGGCAAAAGGAAAAAACCAUGCAUGAACACACAUCUGAAACAAACGUCCAAACAUUCAUAAAUCAGCAAGAGAAAGAAUUUCAAAAGCUAAAGAAUCAAUUACUUGACAAGCUUACUCCAGACAUAGAAAGUAUGCAUACAAAAUUACAAGCUCAGGAAAAUUAUUGGAAAUCAAAAAUAGAACAUUUGGAGAAUCAACAUCAAAAAGAUGUCGAGAGUCUUAUCGCAGAAUUAAAAUUAACACAAAGUGCAGCUGAUGAUAUGAAAGCCAAGUAUGAAACAAAAGUUAACGAUUUAGAACGCCAAACUGCGAAUCAGUUGGAUAUCUUAUUGGAACAAAGCAAACAAUUACAAUCUCUAUCACAGGAAAUAAAUGUUUCACAAUUGAAUGAAAAAAAUAAAGAUUUUGAAAAUAAUUCACUGAGAAGACGUAGUCCACCUAUAAUAUUAGACAAACUUAAUGAAAUUUUAAAAGCAUCAGAUGAAACUAAUUCAAAACAAAAUGGCACAAAUACAAAAACUGAGCAAAUUGCUGUUGGAAAUAGUGUGAUAGACACUACAAUAAGUUCAAGUUUAUCAAGUAAAGUGCUUCCAUUAACAGUAGAAAAUACUCAUUUAAAGAAAGUUUCGAAUUCCAGAAAUAAAUCCACUAUUCAUGAAAAUAGGAGAAAUAUUAAGCAAAAAGAUAUAAGAAAUAGAAAUAAUACAAUAUUUAAUCCUGUGAAAACUAUUGAAAAGGAUUUAGAGUAUUACAGUUCAAGUAAUAUUUCAGACACAGAAAUUUCAGUGCCUGAAAAAGGAAAUAAUUAUGAACACACAAAAUAUAAUCGCGUAAUUAUAAAAAGUGACGAACUUGGCAUAAGUAAGCCACAGGAUAUUUUUAAUAAAAGCAUAUCUGAUGAGUUUUUAUCUAACAGUAAAAAUACGAAAACAUCAAAAUCCUUAGAGGACAAUGUAUCAUCAUCAAAUUCAGAAUCAUUUGUUUCUGACUCAAGCACAGAAAAUGUUACUGCAAUUCACAAUAACUCCCCAUUUCAUGAACAUAAAACACAUUUACCUAAAAAAAUAACAGGACAUAGUUCAUUUUAUAAAAGAUUACAAACUAGUUUAAUGGAAACUUUUGAACAGAAAUUAAGAGAUUUAGGAGUAGAUCCGGAAUGGCAAGGAAUACCAAAAGCAACAUUCAAACAGAAAAUGGACAUUUUAAAGCAUCAUCACAAAUUAACUGCAAAAAAGACUCCAAAAUAUCAUCAGAUUAAAUUAAGGAUAAUUGAAGAAGUUCUUAAUAAAAUAUCUAAGAAGAAAAAGGUUACUGAAAAUGUGAAACAAUUUAAAAACUCACCUCUACAUAAACCAAUAAUCACUGUUAAAUCAAUGGUUGCAAAAGACCUUAAUCAUCAACAUGAUCCUGGGCAAGCAACAACAUCAAAUAAAUUUCAUUCUAUACCAGAAGAUAAGGAUUUUGCUAGAAAUAUACUCGAAAAUAAAUCAGUGCCUACAAAAGCUACAAAAAUUGCAAAUUACGAAAGUAUAGAAAAAUUAUUACAAUUUUCUCCUAAUUCAAAAUCUUUGGAAAAUAUACAACAUACAACAAAUUCUCAAGAGAUUUCAAUAAGAAGAGAUUCUUUCAACAAAAUGAAAUCUUUAUUUACUCUUGAAACUCUUAAGAUAAUACCAAAUGAUAAAGAUUUAGCUAAUAACAAAUCUAUUGAAAACAGUAGUAUAGAUCAUUCAAAUGUGCAACAAGAUUUACAAAGUAUUUUCAUAUCUCCAAAACAUAAUAAAAGUGUUCUAAAAUCUACAACUGGUUCAGCAAGUAGUUUGACAAAAAAAAAAGUUAUUUUUGAUUUAACUAAUAAUGAAAGUAUAAAAUCAUCUUCCGAUGAUGUUACGGACAAAGAAGAGUUAAAUGACAGUAAUUGGAAUUCUUCGAUUAUGUUUGACAAGCAAAAACAUUUGUGUCAAUCAGAAGAUUAUAAAGGUUCAAACAAUAUUGUAUUAAGGACUGCACAAAGUGAUAAAAUUGCGGAAAUAUCAAAAAAGCUUGAAGCACAGCUAAAUAUGGUAAGACAAAAGCCUGUAGGAUCAGUUGAAACAAUAUUUUCUUCAACAUACAUGCAAAAUAAAGAGAAUCAAAUUAAGAGCAACGAACAAAUAAAUUCUACUAGUAUAAAUUCUCUUUUAGUAAAUCCAUUCCAAGCAUCUGUAACAAAUUCUAAAGAAAUGAAUGAUUCGCUACCACAACCAGCACCGCGUAAUUUAAGAGAUAAAAUGUCUAAUACCUUAGAUGCAGAAUCUAUAUCAGAAAUAUCAGAUUUAGAUUCUGAUAUAGAUCAAAUUUUAAAAUUAGAAAACAAAAUGAUGCCAAUGUCUAAUAUAUUUUGCUCAAUAUGCGAUAUGAAAAUUGAUCCUUCAUCUUCUGUAAAUAUAUUUUCUACAUCUUUUCCUCAUCAAGGAGAAUUGUUAGUAAAUUUUGUAUCACAAGUACUUCGUAUAGCUACUUUUGAAUUACAAGACCCUUACAUUUGUCUACAAUGUUACAAUUUGUUUCAAAUGUUAGAACAAGCACAGAAAACUGUUUUAAACAUACGUUGUGAGAUUUUGAAAAUAUAUCAUGCUUGUGAAAGAAGAAAAAAUGUUAAACGAUCAAUGUACGAUGGUACAAAAUUGAAUAUCAGUACAAACAUAGCAUUAGAAGCAAAAAAAUUAUAUAAUAGUAAUGAGAACUUAAAGAAGGUAUUGAAUUUACAAAAUGCUACUCAAGUAGAGGAAAUAGAACAAGAACAAUGUGUUCAAGAUAAUACAAUACUGCAAAAUAUAAGUAUUGCAAAUACAAAAGCAAAGAAACACUUAAGAAAGGAAACAAUCAAUUAUAAUGAAGCAGAUAGCACAAAAUCAUUUGAUUAUAAUAUUUAUGAUGACAUAAAAGAUGAAAUUUUAAAAAAUGAUAUAUUUCACAAUUCAGUGGCAUUAACUAAUAGUGGUAAUACAUGUAAUAUUAAUUCACAAGGAAAUACACAUGCAUUAAAAAUUCAUGUUGCAGAAAAAAGCUGUAUUUCACUGACAGAUCCUGAAAGUGAAUCAAAAAAUACUGUAAAAACAGAAUCCACAUUUUCUGACAAUAUAUUACAAAUACAAAAUGUUGAAAAUAUUAUAAAAAUAACAGAAAAUACUGUGAACACAACAGUGUCAGCAGUUGACCCAAUAAAAAUACCUAUAAAAUCAAUAAAGAUACCAAAGUAUGAUUUAAAAUCAUUAAAAUAUUCUUGUCCUAUUUGUGGUAAAGUAUGGAAAACAUCGACUGAAUUAAAAACACACAUGAAAACUCAUUCAACAUUAAGACCAUACAUGUGUGAAAAAUGUGGUCAGGCAUAUAAACAUAAACAUGCAUUGGAAAUACAUGUUGGAAUGCAUAAUGGAAUAAAUCCAUUUCAAUGUAAUUUUUGUAAAAAGUGCUUUACACAAAAAGGAGCACUUAUGAGACAUUUACCAAUGCAUACCGGUGAAAUGCCCUAUCAAUGUGAACUGUGUGGUAAAAGAUUCAUACACCAUACAUCAUACAAUAUGCACAGAUUAUCACAUAGUGGUAAAAAAUCUUAUAAGUGUCAAAUGUGUGAUUUGUCUUUGCUUUCAACAUCUCAUUUGAAAAGGCAUAUGCGAGUUCAUACAGGUGAAAAACCAUAUAGCUGUACAGUGUGUGGAAAACGUUUUGCAGAACGAUAUAAUUUGCUUGCCCAUCAAAAAAUUCAUGAUCCACACGAAAAUAAGGCAAAAAAAGUAAAAGAAACGCAAUUCCAAUGUAAUCAUUGUAAUUUGAUAUUUGAACAGAAAAAAAGCUUAAAUGAUCAUAUGAAGUAUCAUUCUAAUGUGAAUAGUGAAUCUGAUUUUAAACAAUCACAAUGUACACUUCUUCAAGUUGAACCAGAACAUCAUGAACUAUCAAAAAAGGUAGAUUCUGAACACAGUGUAUUACAAGAAACUUGGAUUCAAAUGAAUCGUUCUAAAUUAGACAUUAUUGAUAAUCAAACAAGAUUUGUACUUCUACAAAAUUCUUUACCUCAGAUUGACGAAAAUUCCUUUGCAGUUACAUUUAGUGACCAAAAAAUAUCCUUGGGAAGUACAAACUAUAAUACAAAUUUACAUGUAAUCAUAGAACCAUCAGAUAUAUCACUUUUAAGCAAUAAUCUUCCUUCUAUUGAUAAAAUGCAUAUGUGAUUGAGCAUUAAAACAGAAACUUUAGAUUUCUAACAAAUAAUUACUUUAUUAGAAUAUACUUGAAAAACGCUUUAAACAAAUUAAUUAUUUUUUAUCAUAUACAUGUGUAAUUAUUAUCAUAUUUUUUAAACUUAACAGGAUAAUAUAUAAAUCAACUCUGCAUAAAUAAGUAAAGCAAUUAUAAAUAUGUAUUCUUAUGUCAAUUAAGAGUUCCUUGUAUGAAAGUAUUUCUAAAAAAAUGUGUUCACUUUUUGUAAUAUAUAUAUUACUAUUUAAAAACAGACUGUUAUCAAUAAAAUACAUUGUACAAGAUAAUCAUAUAACCAGUAAAAUGAAAACUUUAAAAAAU